GUCAGUUCAAUAAUCUGCGGCAGGGAACUAUGACCAUUACAGAGUAUGAGGCCAAGUUUACAGAUUUAUCCAGGUAUGUGCCUUCUUUGGUUGAGGAUCUGAGAGAGAAGGUGAGACGAUUCGUGGAUGGACUUGAGCAUCGCUAUCGUGGUCCUGUAGUACGAGAUGUGCGAUAUGGUACCUAUUCAGAUGUAGUUGACACUGCUCUCCGUUACGAGUCCUAUCUAGAAAUGGACAAAGUUGAGCGUGAAAGCAAAAAGCCACGUAACACAGGUGGGUUUAGUGGUGCUCCAUCUGGGGGCAAGAGUGGUUUUUAUCGUGGGCAGUCCAGACCUACUCAGUCAGAAUCAGUGGUGCAAUCUUCUAGGAGUGGUUAUUCAGCUAGACAGGGCCAGCAGCAGAUGCAGAGAAAGGGUAAUAGCUCAUAUCAGUCAGGUUAUCAUCCGAGGUUUUCUAACUGUGGUAGAAAUCAUAGUGGUCGUUGCUUUGGGGCAGAUGGGACUUGUUUUACUUAUGGUGAAAAGGGGCAUAUUGCUAAAUACUGUCCUAAAGGAAAUUCUGGUGCUAGUCGAGCUACUACACAGCCGCAGGGAACUACUACAGCUACACAGGGUCAGAUUCAGCCAGCUAGGACCGCUCCACAGGGUGCUCGUGGACAGGGUCGACAGGGUGCACAGGUUGCUCAGGGAGGGGGUGGACUGCCGAGAUUCUUUGCUAUGACCAGACAGGAUGUCGAGGCAUCUAAUGCAGUAGUCACAGUUUGAGGCAAUCCGGAGACUCGAGAAAGCAGUUUUGAUUUAUUGAAAAGUGUGCUUGAAUUGUGAAUUUGAGGUAAGUGAGACUUUAAGCUUUGGGUACUUGCUUUUCAAAACCCGUUUUAAAAAUAUGUUUUGUUUCUUUGGUCCAUGUGUUGGGGCGAGCGUGUGCUUGGCAUAAUCGGUGGUCCUUAAGGCCAGCCGCAUAUACUUCAUUUUCAAAUAAUCCAAAACUCUCUUUAUAAAUUGUUUUACAUUGUGUAUGCUUCCCUUAGCAUUGUGUAUGCUUCUUGAUGAUAUUGGGGCAUUGUGCAUGUUUCC